AUGACAUCCGCCGCGAAGAAACGAGUGCAAGCCCUCAGCGAGCAACUCAUCAACCGUCCACGCAGCACAGGCACAUUCGAAGACAUCCCCACCAUCCCAACCAUAGCCGGAGACUCCAAAGGACCACGCGUAAAAGGCAAAGUCAUCAUCAUAACAGGAGCCAACUCGCCCCUCGGCAUAGGCCGCGCCACAGCCCACCACUACGCCAAUAACGAAGCCAAAGCCAUCUUCAUCUGUGACCUGAACACCGACCACCUGGAAACCCACAAACGGGAAAUCAACAAGCUCUACCCUGGGACCGAGAUUCACACCAAGAAAGUCGACGCCGGCGAGGAGAAAGAUGUCGAGGGGAUUGUGAAUGAUGCGUUGGAAAAGUAUGGCCGCCUUGACAUCUUCUUCGCCAAUGCUGGAAUCAGCGUCCUGCCCAAAUCCGUCCUGGACUCUUCUGCAAAAGACUUCAUGACCACGAUGCGGAUCAACGCCCUUUCCGUCUUCCUCGCAGUCAAGCACGGAGCUCGCGGUAUGCUCGUCACCUCCCCCUCCAAACCGUACCCAUCCGGCUCCAUCAUCGGGACCGCCUCCUCCGCUGGCCUACGCUCCAACGCUGGCGCGACAGACUACUCUGCCUCCAAGGCGGCGGUGGUGAGUAUUGUGCAGACGACAUGUUAUCAGUUGAGCGGGACGGGGAUUAGGUGUAACGCGAUUUGCCCGGGGAUUAUUGAGACGGGGAUGACGGCGCCGAUGUAUGAGAUGGCCAGGGAGAGGGGCACGGAGAAUAAGAUUGGGCAGUUGAAUCCGUUGAUGAGGGGUGGGAUUGCGGAUGAGAUUGCGAGGGUGGCGUUGUUUUUGGGGAGUGAUGAGAGUAGUUAUAUUAACGGGCAGGCUUGGGCUGUGUGUGGUGGGUUGACGGCGGGGCAUCCAUUUGUGCCGGGGAAGUUGGCCUGA